AGGACGACGGUGGGAUGCCGGCGAGUCCCUUCCUUCCGCUUUUAGCCGCGCCCCUUAGAAGAAAAAAAAAUACCGGUGGCUGCCUAAGAAAGAAAGAGGCGAGGAAGGAAGCACAUAACGGAGAGAGGUGCAAAGGUCAACAUUUUCCUCCCACGGAGGUUUUCGCCCGCCGGCUUUGUAGAUUUCCGUUUGAGGAGUUUGAUCUGAGCAGUGCUUCGAUUUGCUGACGAGAAAGAUGGCUGAUCCUUGGCAAGAAUGCAUGGAUUAUGCAGUUAUUUUAGCAAGAAAAGCUGGAGAGGUAGUCCGGGAAGCGCUAACAAAGGACAUAGCUAUCAUGAUUAAAAGCUCUCCAGCAGAUCUAGUGACUGUCACUGACCAAAAAGUAGAAAAUAUGCUUAUUUCUUCAAUAAAGGAAAAAUACCCUUCUCACAGUUUUAUUGGAGAAGAAUCUGUUGCUGCUGGUGCAAAAAGUACCUUGACAGAUAAUCCCACUUGGAUUAUUGACCCUAUUGAUGGAACGACUAACUUCGUUCACAGGUUUCCCUUUGUGGCUGUUUCAAUUGGCUUUGUUGUAAAGAAACAGAUGGAAUUUGGAAUUGUAUACAGCUGUGUAGAAGACAAAAUGUACACCGGCAGGAAAGGAAAAGGAGCAUUUUGCAAUGGGCAAAAGCUCCAAGUAUCAAAGCAACAAGAUAUUACAAAAGCACUAUUAGUGUCAGAGUUGGGAUCCAACCGUGAUCCAGAGGUUAUAAAAACUGUUCUUUCUAACAUGCAAAGACUACUGAACAUUCCUAUUCAUGGGAUUAGAGCAGUUGGGACUGCAGCCGUAAACAUGUGCCUGGUGGCAACAGGAGGAGCAGAUGCCUACUACGAGAUGGGCAUUCACUGCUGGGAUAUGGCAGGGGCUGGGAUUAUCAUUAUGGAAGCGGGCGGGGUGCUGCUCGAUGUCUCAGGGGCACCAUUUGAUUUGAUGUCAAGAAGAAUAAUUGCUGCAAAUAGCCAAGUACUAGCAGAGCGAAUAGCAAAAGAAAUUCAGAUCAUUCCCUACCAAAGGGAUGACGAAACAAAUUAAAUGUUAUAAUUGCACCAUCUCUGUUAUGGACAAUUCCUAUCAGCUGGUCUGUAUACUUAAAAAUAGCUUUUAAUGUGAAAUGCACCCUUUGUGCUAGGGCACGUGAUAUAGAUAUGUUGCUGAAUUCUGAUAUUUCAAAGCUUGAUGCUUCAGUCCUUCCCAAAGUUCCUAGAAAUGUGUUCUGUCUUGUGCAAACAGCACACAAGUAUUUUUUAAAAUAAUGUUUCAUUACCUUGUUUAUGUCUCUUAAAGGAGAACAUAUGGGGUGUGGUGGUGGGAUUUCUCCUUCAAACAUCUUGGGCCCAGAGACUCAUUCUGUAAUCUGAGGACCAAACUAGAUGUUACCUUUGCAAAUAAGUGGCCUCAAACUCAUGUUUGUCAAUACAAUCAUGGAGUGGGUGGGUGCAGGUGUUUGCAAGGACAGGUCAGCCAGCAGGUGGAGCAGAUGCAUAACUCCUGAACAGCCCACAGUUUCUCCUGCACAAUUUCUGUAGACUCUCUCUACAGCCAAACACAUUUUCUGACACAAGGCUAGAUGCGAUCAGAACUUGCUGGGGAGAAUCAGCAAGCACAUAUCUCCCUGCCAAGUCUUCCCUGCAAAGUUAGCAUUACGAUGGAAAAACUGCCCUGUUGUUUCCCUCGCAGUGUCCAGUUUGGCCACAAAACUUCUGCAUUUGCCAACUUCUGUUUUCUGUAUUUUCCACCUCAUAUUGUAUUUCAUAUCAACCUUGUUGAUACUGGCCUGAUCAGUAUCAUCUUUGAUAUGCAGAGCACAGGAUGUCAGAGUUGAAGUCAGGAUCCAGUUAACCAUUUUGAAAACAUUGUGUGUGAAAUGGUGGCAUAAAAGCAUAUGCUUAAAUCUCACCAACUGAAAUCUAUGGUACUUAAAAAUGUUUAGCUUUGGCUUUAUUAUUCUGCAGCUUUUCACAGAAUUGUGGUUUUUCCUUUCUCUUUCACAAUAAUUGUUAAAAGGUGGUUUAAAAGGGGAAAUUAUUACAUAGAUUCCAAAUGCAAAAAUGAAAUAAGACAGGCAUGCCCUCUUUUGAAUACCUAAUUAUUAAACUAGUGUAAAAAUGUUUGGCCAAAAAUCAUGGAACCGUUAUUGUCAAUAUGAGAGUAAACAUUUGGCUGAGUUUUACACUGAACAUUCUUCACAGGAAAUUUUUUUAUAGCCUUAUUUUGAUAAGUUUAUUUCCAGUUCCAGAUAUUUAUUUCUUGGUUUAUUUUGGAAGUCAGUGUUUGAUCAGCUGAAGUGGAGUAAGUAAUGAAACAAUACCUUUUUCAGGGGCAGCAGAAAGUCUUGUGGUGCAUUAAAGAGUGACUUAUGAAUCAAUUAGGGCAUAAGCUUGUGUAGGUUGUUUGCAGAAAGCAAGCUAUGGUGCAGAAAAACUUCUCUAAUAUAUUUGUUGGUCUUCUUUAAGAUGACAUAAGACUUUUUGUUACAUUUUCUGAUUAACACUCAUUCAGGGAUUUAUCUUUAAGCUGCAUGUGUCAGUCUUACGUACUAUAAAAUAUCUGACGUUUGCCAUCUGUUAGAAAGAAAUGUUUAACUGUAAAGAAGCAUUGGAAGGUGUAAGGAAGGUAGCCUUGUGGUGUCUAGAAAUAUUGACUUGACUCAUACAUUAAAGCUUGUACCUGCACAGAUGGAACUUUGACAGCCAAAAUGCUUUCAGUAUAAAAUACAGGUCUCCUGAUAGAACCAUAGCUCUGUUACUAGCAGUUUUCUGUGAUGAUUCACUUGGUGAUGCUAUUUCAGAUGUACAGGCAACCUGUUUGCAACCAUGGAGAAGUGCCACCAAUGUAAUAUUUGUAGGCACGUGGUUAAUGGUCCUCUGGUCUUCCGUAAUUAGAGCUUCCAUUAUGCUAGAUCUUCUAGUUCAGCCAUAACCAACAGGGCUUUUGGCCUAGUCACGUGAACCUCCGCCAUUGUCCUGAAACAUUAGGUUGCUAAUCUGGCACCCAUGGGUGCGCAUAUGGCCAGAGAAGGGCUUCCUAGCACCCACAGGGUCCUGUCUCAAUUCCUCCCCCUGCUGAAAUUAGGCUGCAAAUAAGCCUAAACCUAAUGGGAUAAUGAAAGCCUAACUUUUGCAAGGAGGUGUGCUCUUCCCAGAGAUUGCUGGGGAAGGAAGGUUAGCCCUAGCUCCUCUCUCCAGGAAAAUUGCCACCACCAUUAGAUUUUGGGGGUAGGGAGCAAAAACAAUUCCAUCAGGUAUAAUUGCUGGCGAGGAGGGAGGGUGUUAGUGAGUGUGCAUAUUCAUGCAGGGUUGUGGUACCCACACAACACAGUUUCUCCAUUUUGUACUUUUGCCCAUAGGCCCAAACAAGGUUGGCAACCCCUUCACCUAGUGUAUAGGAUUUAUCCCCAGUGUUUAGAUUUUAGCAGUGCAUGGACUAUAGUACCAGUGCAAGGGGACAACUCAAGUGUAAACUCUAGAGACAUUUCCUGUACUCCAACCGUCUUCAGAAUUUUACUUUUUCCAAGGUGCCAGAAUGAUUCUUUAGCAUAGCAGGCCAGAUAAAUUCUGAGCUUUUGUAUAAAAUCAUAGGGCGGGGGGCAGGUAAUGCUAAUAUUAAGAAGCUUUACUUUGUAAAGUUGAGAAUUGCUUUGAAAAGUGUUGUAGUAAUAUAUUUAAAAUAAAGUCCAGCUUUAUUUUUGGCUUUAAAAUGAC